CAAUACGAUUAAUCAUUUAUGGCCAGAUAAUAUAAAUAAAGUUUAAGGGCGGACCAAUACUCAAUACUACAGAUAUCUAAUGUACUAAUGGUAGUCACAACCCUCAACCUAGUCUAGUCAGUGUUUACAAAGUUAUCCAAAAAGAAGGCCAAUUUUAUAGAAUACUUAACAUCUGACAGUUUUAGUUACAUAGCGAUGACGCGUUAAAAUCAUUGAUUAAAGGGAAUUACUUGAAAUGGACAUCAAAAAUAUACGAAUCGAGUUCAAGUCUUAUAAAUAUUAUAAUGAUUUUUUGUGUGUGUGAUGUAUAGUGAAAUACUCCCUCUCCAGUAAUCAUUGUGUUCGAUUAUUUUUGUGAACUUACGAUUUUUGGAUACAUAUCUACAAACCGAAGAUAGAGUAUAUAACCAUACCAUAGUCCGUCUACGGCCUACGCUAUAAACGAAAAACGGUUUACCGACGCAACAAUGACUUUUACUCUUGUAAUGACGUUUAGUAAUCAGUUAUAUUUAGUGCAGAAAUUGCUUAUUAUAUUACGAACGGUUAAUAAAGCAUGAAACUAAAUCGUAAUUUUUUUAUUUUUAUAUUUAUAUUUAUAAAGAUAUAAUCAGAAAUGAAAAAUGCACUCUUUCAGUUCGAACUCGAAAUAAGAAACUAUGACGCCGUUUCAGAGUUACAAUUUACAUAAUAAUAGUAAUAAUAAUUGCUAUGUACUAAAACUGUCAGAUGUUAAGUAUUCUUUAGAUUUUGACGUAGUCGAUUGAGGCUUGAGGAUGUCUUUUUAAAAGACGGCGCAGUCUGAGUUCUGUUUGAAUUGUGAUAAUAAUAUAAUUUAAAUAAUAUGAACCCGUCAGUUGUUUUACUAUUCUCUGGUAAAAGAAAAUGUGGUAAAGAUUUUAUUACUGACCAUUUACAAGAGAAAUUAGGUGAUAAAUGUGAAAUAAUAAAGAUUUCUUUACCAAUCAAAAGUUACUGGGCGAAGGAAAUGAAUUUAAAUUUGAAUGAGCUACUGAGCAAUGGUGCACUAAAGGAAAAUUAUAGACUUGAAAUGAUCAACUGGAGUGAUAAGAUGAGGGCAAAAGAUUAUGGCUGUUUUUGUAAAGUUGCUUGUCAAAACGCUAAAGGAAAACCAAUAUGGAUAGUAAGUGAUGUGAGACGUGGAACAGACAUUCAGUGGUUUAAAGAAAACUAUGGCAAUAAAAUCAAAACUAUUAGGUUAAUUGCUGAUGAAGAUACAAGAAAAGAAAGAGGCUACAAAUUUAAAAGUGGGGUUGAUGAUGUGGCAUCUGAAUGUGGCUUAGAUAAUUAUCGUGGUUGGGAUUUAGUUAUUGACAAUGGCAGGGAUAGAGAUUUAUUAGAAAAACAGUUAGAGAAAAUAAUAUCAUUAAUUUCAGUAUAGCUUUAUUUAUAGACAUAUAUACUUAUUCUAUUUUAUAUUUUAAGGAAAACACAUGGCAUAUAUAUAUAACUUCUAAAUUUUUAAUAUGGAGUGCUUUUUUUCUUAGAUAUCUAUGGAAUAAUAGACUCUUACUUUCAACUUGCUAUUUAUUGCAGUAUACAUCCUACUUAAAUUUUUUGUCAUAAUUUAAUAUUAGCUGCAAUAGAAUGGAAAUGACAUGUCAAGGAUUGCAUAACUAAAUUGAUUUCUUAUUGUAGUAAUUUAACUUAAUUUAUAUAAACAAUGAAACAUCAUACUUAUGUU